AUGCCGCUCUCGAAUCUCAAACACGCCCUGACGGCAGCCGCUGGCUGCUACUGUGCUUUGCGGUUGCUUCCCGCGGGCGCGCGGGAUCAUUUCAUCCAGGCCAGGGCUGCGUCCGCUGCUUCUGAGCAGCCUGGCAAGAACCUCUUUGCGCUCCUGCAAGCCAAGACGGCGGCCAAAGGAGUGAACCCAGCAGUGUCGGUAGGUGAGGCACACACCUGCAUCGUGAACGCCGAGGGUGAGGUGACUUGCUUUGGGCGCCAAACGCAGUGCAACGUGCCAUCGGACUUGGGAGCCGUGUUGGAGGUGUCUGCUGGCAGCUCGCACACGUGCGCCGUGCGGACAGAUGGCCGAUUGGUUUGCUUUGGAAGCAACAGGCAGGGCCAGUGCGAUGUUCCUGCAGACCUGGGGCAGGUUCUCACAGUGUCCGUUGGCCGUGAGUUCACCUGCGCCUUGCGAACAAAUGGCGAAGUGGUGUGUUUUGGAGCUGCCCCUUCGCACUGGGUCACACCGCCCUUGGUGGCACUGUCCGCGGGCAGCGGCCACGUCUGUGGAGUGAAGGCAGAUGGCCAGCUGCUGUGUUUUGGGCAGACGCAAGAGGGUCAGUGCGAUGUACCCGACGACGUAGGGCCGGUUCUAGAUGUCUCUGCUGGCGGUUUUCACACGUGCGCAAUCAAGCCCGAUGGCAGGCUGCGGUGCUUUGGAGAUAAUGAUGAAGGCCAGUGCGGCGUGCCAGCAGACCUGGGGUCAGUCCUUGCAGUAUCGUCAGGCGUCUUUCAUACCUGUGCAGUGAAGACAACUGGACAGCUGGUUUGCUUCGGGCGCAACAGGGAAGGCCAGUGCGAUGUUCCAGCGGAUCUCGGCCCCGUUCUGUCAGUGUCGGCCGGCUUCUUUCACACCUGCGCUGUGAGGACCGAUGGUCAGGUGGUUUGUUUCGGAGACAACGAGGCAGGCCAGUGUAGCGUGCCAGGGUCUGCAUAG